GUGUGUCCCUCCUCCUCAGUUGAAAUUCCGAAAAAUCAAGCAAAGAAACACUUUUGUCUGAGAGAUUCUCUCUCUGCCGACCUUGCCAUCGUUCCCAUGGAGGUCCAAGAGAAGUUGUUCAAGUUCAGAUACCAUUUUCUCGGGGCACUUCUCUUCUGUCUCACCAUCUUCUCUCUCACAAUCAUGGCUCCAAGAUUCCUCACUCUCUUGGCCUAUUUCUGGCCACUUUUCCUCUCCACUGCCCUAGUCUUUGCCCUUGUCUUCUUCAUUGCUAGGACUUCCCAUUUGCCCCCAUCCGACGCCACUUCCCUCUACAGCGCCGGCCAAGGCCUCCUCGAUUACGUCGACGGCCACCAUGAUCUGCCCUCCGACACUCGCCACAAGUCUGACUAAUCAAG